UUCACCAACUGAUUGUUCCAUUGUUUGGACUGAGCUCACCACAGCAUGGUGCCUUGCACCCAGGUGAGAGCCACUGGUGGUGUUUCCACCAGCCAAGCUUAGGGUCAUCUAGAAGUGUGACACUGUUUAAAAUGGGGUUUAGUGAGGUGUUUUUAUUCUACAGAAGAAACAAAAAUCCAUACCCCCCCCCCGACCAAACGCAACUGCAAAAACUCUGAGAAGACACAAAGAGGUGCAAACUUCCUGCUUUGCCGAAUACCACAGAACUGGUCACGUGACUUCCUCCCUCCCUCGCAGUGCUCAACUCUGUGCUGGGCUAACAGUGGUUUUUCUGCUGCACAGGAUAUCAGGCUGCCAGCUUUGUACUUCUGUCAUACUCUACCUGGUAUUUUUCCGACAGUCUUACAUAUGUAAAAUGUUACGCCGAAAACCUUCCAAUGCUUCGGAAAAGGAGCAGGUGCAGAAGAAGAAGCUCUCCCUGCAGAGGUCCAGCAGCUUCAAGGACUUCAUGAAGCCCAAGCCCUCCUCUCCGGUAGUGAGAGAGAAAGAGUUCACCUUGGAUGAGAGUGAGUUUGAGGGGGACGGGCAACAGCUAGGGUCGAACGAGGGGGGGAAGAGCGGCGGCAAGCUGGGGAAGAAGUGGCGAGCAGUCAUCUCCCGAACCAUGAACCGCAAGAUGGGCAAGAUGGUCCAGAAAGCACUCUCUGAGGAAGGGACGGGGAGCGGGGAGGAGGCCUCCAUGUCUCCCAUGGCCUAUGACGACAUGCCUGACGGACGGGCGGGUGAGAGGACCUCUCAGUGGUCCUUCGACUCCGAGGACCAAGUCCACAGCCCCCUGGGCCGGCAGCUCUCUGGCUGUGGAGACAGGCAGAGUUUGGACAGUGGCUACAGUAACAGAGAUAGCAUGAGGCUGGAGGACGCCAUCCAUCCCUACACAGGGCCCUUCUGUGGCCGAGCGCGUGUCCAUACAGACUUCACUCCCAGCCCCUAUGACUUGGACUCUCUCAAACUCAGGAAAGGAGACAUCAUCCAGAUCAUCGAGAAGCCUCCAGUGGGCACCUGGACCGGCUUGCUGAACAGCAAGUUGGGCUCCUUCAAGUUCAUCUACGUGGACAUCCUGCCCGAGGAGACGAGCCUGCCCAGGAGGAAGCGCUGCCACAACAAGAACAGGAGGCCCAAGCCCAAGACCCUGGAGGAAGUUCUGCAGAGGAACAAUCUGGAGGGACUGAACUCCAUCCUCUCCAUGCACGGCUUCAAGAGCCUGGAUGAUUUCAAACAGCUGAGCGAGUCGCACCUCAACGAGUUAAGCAUCACAGACGCAGAGCAGCGAUCUAAAAUCCUCACCGCAGUAGAGCAGCUCCUGGACUACGACACUGGGAGCGACACUGAAGGUGACGAGGAGAUCGGCUCCCAGAAUUCGGACUUGAAAACAGACUCGGGCUGCUUCGAGAGCUCGGAUAACCUGGAGAACGGGCGCGAGGAACCCGAGGCGGCGCUAAGGCCCAUCGAGGAGCAGCUGCAGGGGCUGUCCAUUGAGGAGAGCUCCUGAGAGAGGGAGCAGAUGCUGCGAGCACAGAACCACCGCAGAACCUCAAGGUUCUGAAGUGUAGGAAAAGACGGAGACUGGAUUUUAUUAAGUACUGUAGAUUCUGGGGACAAUGCAAUCAGACACAAAGUUUUUUUUGUUUUGUUUUGUUUUGUUUUUUUUUUUGUCACCAGGUUCAGUGCUUAAUUCUCUGUAUUCAGCAGGUAGGCAUUACUGAAUGUGGCUAUAGCUCCAAACCCCCGAGCGACUCCUGUGUGAGAUGUUAGGAGCUGCAGGAUAUACACAGCUUCCUAUGAUAUUGGAGUAAGAUGAUCAAGGACCUUUUGAAAAGUACUUUUAAACUUCUACUCUGGCCUCUGCUGUCGAGCAAAUCAAGACCACAACAACACAGAUAGGUUGAUCUCCCAGAAAGGGAGAGAUGGGUGCAGAUUAGUUCAAAUUUCUAUCCAUGCGCCACAGAUUUAGUUAAGGAUACAGAGAUCCAACAGCUGCAUACUAGGAAGCAAUUGGUCCACAGUGAACAGCUAGAACACAUCUCUAAGCAAGUGUGUUUUUUUUUUGUUUUGUUUUUUUAGUAUAACCCAAAUGAAUGUCAGAAUGCGAUAUUGGUCAUUUAAACCAUACAGAAGUCUAAUGACCACAUGCCUGGUAACCUAACAAAGGAGUACAGCUGUUGCUGUAUCAGACUGACGAAAGGGGGCAAAAACUGGGAUGUGGGCAGCAUGGUGUUACAGUUUCACUGCUAUUGAAACCGAGCGACUAUCCAGUAAUAACAGUAGUUUAACAGCUCAGCUGUUACUUCAGAGAGACAUAUUGUACUUUAGCUUAGCUGCCACGACCAGAGCAGAAUUACAGGGAAAGCAGGACAAUGCUUACAUGCAGUGCUUUAUUAUUAUAGCCCAGCACAGCACACAGUUAAACAGAACUGUAUUAGAGCCCACAGCAAUGUGAUAUUACAACUGGGACAGGAACUGAAAGCAUUACAUCUGGCUGCCAUGGAAAUGGAACGGUAUAUAAAAACAAA